CUCUCUUUCAGUGUGUAUAAGCGCGCGGCAAAACCGCUCGCGCGCGCUCCCUUAUAAAGAAAAGCAUGUCUUGAACAUACACACGAAAGCUCGUUCCUCUCUCUCCCUCUUAUUUCCAGGCAGUAGUGGGUAUACACCUCACGCGAGUGCGCGUCGUCCGGGCGCAGCAGCAGCAGCAGCUCACGUAUUAUACCUCUGGCACUAGUCUACACUCUGUGUUUCUCGUCGUCGUGUGUGCCGUGUGUGUGUAAAUGUGUUUGUGACUUUGUAUGUGCGCGCGAACGAUCAAGAGAGAAAGAGAGACGACCGGACGACGACAACGACGGUGUACCUGCCUACGCGAAGGAGCUGCUACCCUCUGUUUGUGCUGCUGGCGGUGGUGUCUAGCUCCUCUUCCUCCCGUCCCGACGAUAAGACAGAAGCCGUGCAACUUCGCGCAGUAGAAGCUUCGCCCGGCAGAGCUGCUCUCGGGGCGCUGGCGCUGCAGAGGAGAAGAGAGAGCCCGACGACGAAGGAGUAAGUAAUAAGGUGGAACAAGCGAGUUCUCUGAUCGUAGUUCGCCGAGAAGCCAUAGUGCGCGUGCGCGGCUCCUGCGCACGAGGCCGUACUCUCCGUUCGGAAAACGUUGGCUCGGCGCAGCAGCAGAGGAGGAGGAGGUAGCAGCAGCAACGACAACGUCGACGACGAGUAGCAGGAGCCACGACCGCAGCAGCAGCAGCACCCGGGCCACGAAAGACGCCUGCGUCCGGGCGUAUUACACACAGCAUUUCGCCCCCGUGCCUAGCUGAUGCGCAGUGCGAGAGAGAGAACACACAAGUGAGAUAAACGGGAGAAAGAAGAGCGAGUGAGAGCGAGAAAGAGAGCGCGCGAGCGAGAGAGAGAAAGAGAGAGUAGAGCCGCCCUCGCGUGCCCCCUCCGCUCGCUGCAGCGUCUUCCUGGCGGAGCUCUCCUAUACGCUGCUGCUGGGACAGCUCCGGAGCUGUGUGAUCGACUCUCCGGGACACGAGUGCGUCGUUACGGUACCGCGCGGCCGAGAUGUGAUCGAGGGCUGACGGGCCUAUAUUCUACACCACAUACAUAUACGCAUAUGCAUGUAUAUAUACAGUGCGCGUUGAAGACCAGUCUUAUGCCCGUCGCCAGUGCAGGAUAAUAGCCGGAGGAGCUUCUGAGAAAGAGAGAGAAUCGAGGGAAAGCAGGAGAGGCCUGCUAUUGUUGAGUCCACGGCUGAGAAGCUCAGGGAGAUAGCAGUAAGAGAGCAAGCGGAGGAGCUGCAGGAGCACACAGUGACAGGCAGAAGAAGCCGAGGAAGUUGAGGCCCAGAAGGGGAUCGGAGGAGACGAGGAGGAGGCUACGGUGUGGCCCAAGUGGCCACCAGUGCUGGAGCUGAAAGCAGGAUGAGCGGCCGACCUAGGACCACCUCAUUUGCUGAGGGCAACAAGCCCCCGGCCAACCCACAACUUGGUGGCAUGAAGAUAAGCAAUGCUUUGGAAAGCUCCCUUAAAGAGGAGGUUAAACAGAGCGAGCCAUCUGCCCCAUAUAUUGGCAAAGAUGGCAGCAAGGUGACGACAGUGGUGGCGACCCCCGGCGCCGGACCGGACCGCCCCCAGGAAAUCGCCUACACCGACACCAAGGUCAUCGGUAACGGCAGCUUCGGUGUCGUCUACCAGGCCAAACUGUGCGAGACCAAUGAAACGGUCGCGAUCAAGAAGGUCUUGCAGGACAAGCGAUUUAAGAACAGAGAGUUGCAGAUUAUGCGGCGUCUCGAACACUGCAACAUCGUCAAACUAAAGUAUUUCUUUUACUCUAGUGGUGAUAAGAACGUCUUAAACGCGACUAAUCCAGUUUUUCACGUGGACAAGGACGAGGUUUACCUCAAUCUAGUCCUGGAAUACAUCCCCGAAACCGUGUACAAAGUCGCCCGACACUACAGCAAGAGCAAGCAGACGAUACCGAUCAGUUUCAUUAAGCUAUACAUGUACCAGCUGUUCCGUUCGCUGGCGUUCAUCCACUCGUUAGGAAUCUGCCACAGGGAUAUAAAGCCGCAGAAUCUAUUGCUCGACCCGGAGACCGGUAUCCUCAAGCUCUGUGACUUCGGCUCGGCCAAGCACCUCGUCAAGGGCGAGCCUAACGUAUCAUACAUAUGCAGCCGCUACUACCGUGCCCCUGAGCUUAUCUUCGGUGCUAUUGACUACACCACGAAAAUCGAUGUGUGGAGCGCCGGUUGCGUGCUGGCGGAACUUCUGCUGGGCCAGCCCAUCUUCCCUGGAGACAGCGGAGUCGACCAGCUGGUCGAGAUCAUUAAGGUCCUCGGCACACCGACGCGUGACCAAAUCCGUGAAAUGAAUCCCAACUACACCGAAUUCAAAUUCCCGCAAAUUAAGUCUCAUCCCUGGCAGAAGGUGUUCAGGGCGCGCACGCCACAUGAGGCGAUGGAGCUGGUGGCCCGACUCCUCGAGUAUACGCCGUCGCUGCGCAUGACGCCGCUCGAGGCCUGUGCCCACAGCUUCUUCAAGGAGCUGCGCGAGCAGGGCACGCGGCUGCCUAACGGCAGGGAGCUGCCACCUCUGUUCAACUUCACCGACCACGAGCUGAGGAUUCAGCCAAGCCUAAACUCGCAGCUGAUCCCCAAGUACACGCAGCCGUCUGAUGGCUCGCAGCCCGCGGUGGCGGCCGCUGAUGGUGCGAACCAAGCAUCGGCCGCGGCCCAGCCAGGUACCCAGGCGACCAGCGGAACGGCCGAGUCCAGUGACGCCCAGCAAAGCAACCCCGCGGGCCAGGCCAAUGCGGCUGCCCAGAACGCCGAUCCCAGCCAGUCGAGCAUGGCUUAAGAAGGUGUGCACCCUUAGGAGAAUCGGCUUCUUUUUCUCAUCUUUCUUUCUACCUGACUCUUGUUUCAUUUACAUUUUAAAACAAAAAAAAAAACAGCAAACUAAUGCAAGUAAGGCUAAGCGACAAACAGAAUCAGCGCGAGAGAAAAAUGAGAAAGAAAGAUGAAGAUAGAGAUAAAAAGAGAGUUACAGAGAGAGAGAGAGAGAGAGAGAGAGAGAGAAAGAGAAAGAGAGAGAGAGUGAAAAACUCGCCUCGUCUUGUGCGUCAGUCUGCACGUUUAUGGCGUCGUUAAUAUACCUUUUGCCAGACUGGCAUUACUCAUCUGCAACAACACUUUCCUUCCCAAUAUCGGAGGUUCGACAACGUCAUACGCAUCAUCAUCCACGGGAUUUUUACGAAGAAUCAAAGAACAGAAAGAUGGUUCGUAAGCUUUUACGAAAAUAAAAAGUGGAAGAGAGAUAAUGAAACAGUGCACGCAACUGCGUGUCACGGGCAGUAACCGAUGGAAUACUAGCCACGACUGCGACAACGGCAUCGUCUAAACAACAAACGGAAGAGAAGUACACAGUCGAGAGUAAUAGAGUGAAAUUUUGACGAUUACGUUUGCGAUUAAAAGACAGAAACAUUAAAAAACGGCAUCUUUAAAAUCCCUUCCAAUAGGUUAACGAAAAGCAAACCUUGUGAAACACAUUCACUAGUAAUUGAACGAAGCUCGUUGUCGACAUGCGUGUGGUCGGAUCUUUUGAAUUGUACAUAAAGAAUGCGCUCUAACGAUGAUUUGUGAAAGGAAGUUAAGUAAUAUGAAAGCAGAAUUAAAUCUACGGAGUUCUAAUGUCGGUAUAUAUAUUAUAUAUAAAAAAUAAUGAUAUGAUAAAAGAGAGAACGAGGAAAAAAGCCCACGCCGCGAGGGGGAGAGCGACGCUAAUAGGUAUGAUUGUAUGAGAGAGAGAGAGAGAGAGAGAGAGAGAGAGAGAGAGAGAGAGAGAGAGAGAGAGAGAGAGACAUGUGUUCUAUAUGUGCGUGUACGUGUGAGAAGUUGUGUAAUAACGUUUAGUAGAAAAAGCUCGCGCUUGGCCUUGGAUUUUUCGGGGGCCCUCCGGACAUAUUUUUUCUCUUCUUUCGUCCCUUUUUUCCUUCGAUGCAUACACACACAUACACUUACGCUUCACUUGAUCAAACGCGAAUAAUAAUAAUAAUAAAAUGAUAAAGAGGGAAAUGAAAAGAAAGAAAAAUGCGCGACUUUGUUUCGUUACGCCAUUGUACUCGGGAAGCUUUUUUUCUAACCAACUCCAACCAACAUCUCAGAAGCUCGAGAAUCUCGAAGCUGACUAAAAAGAAGCAGAAAAGGCUUUUCCUUGUUCUUCUCUUCUUUUUUCUCCGAUAAGAGAUGAUCCCUUUGUGUGACGGCCAAGGCGCAGCUGAGAGCCGCAGCCAACUCUUACACACCUUUGGCGGUCAUACAAUAGCUUUAAAAGUGAAUGCCCGAGUCCUGUCUCAUCGGCUUUUUGAUUUCGCAGAUCUCUUGUUUUUUAAAUAACUAUUUUAUAUUAGCUUGUAUUUUUAUCCUUUGCGUAAUCAAAAUUUGUUCUGAUGAAAUUUAUCAAUGAAAAUUAUAUUUGUAUUAAUAAGGUAAUUUCUCGCCUAAGAUUGUUAUCAUUUUGAUGUUCAUAAAGGUUUUAAUGAAAAGAUCAAACUAAUGAGCUCUGAAAUGCUUGUUGCAAGACUUAUUCCAUUUAAACAAAUUCAACAAUAGUUUAAUUAUUCUAGGAGAUGCAUUUCAAUUGAUUGGUUUGUUCUCUACAGUCCUGCCUUACGAGAAUAAAAAUUUUAUGAAAUAAUGUAUGUCACGCAACAAAUUAUUUCUUACUACCUCUUUGCUUUUGAUAGUAAAAAUUGCGAAAAUAAAAAUAUCGAUGAAUCAGGUGCAUUUGCUUGCGAUUUGAAAAAAAAAACUUUUUAACACGACGAAACUCACGCGAGUGAUUUUUUUAAUUCUUUAAAUCUUGACUUGAGUAAGCUCGGAGUUAAUAAUUGUCUGGUACCGGUCAUAGAGAUGUUUACAUUAUAUUCUUCUUCCUUCGUCUCAAUAGUUAAAAGUGCGUAAGAAAUAAGAGCGAAGUUGAUUGUACGCAAUAUAUACAUAUAUAAAUAUUUUUUGUUCUGGCUGUAAAUGGAUUUUGUUGUACACGAUACAUGUGUGUCUCUUUAUUACUUUUUUUGGAAGCGAAUAUUUUUUUUAAAUUGGAAUCAUUUGAUUGUAAUAAAAAAGACCUUUUAAAA